CUCGUAAUAUCAAGACACGUUGGUAAAUAUCCAAAGUUUUAUUAAAGUUCUUGGCUGAAAUAAUAUUUUAAAUACGUUUUAAUUAGUAAAUACGAGAGGAUUAUCAUAAAAUAAAUAGCAAUAAAUUUUUAAUCUGCAUUUAAUCCGAAUGGAGGUGGACAUGCAAGUGGAAGACAUGCAAGUGGAAGUGACGGUGAAAGCUUUACUUAAUCGGGAGAUCCUUCACAAAAUCUUCCACUCCUUGGACAUCACGACGUUAAAGGUAGUUCGGCACGUCUGCAAGGUGUGGGAUGCCGUGGGUGCAACGUAUCUUGGGAGACUUGGUCACAUUAACUUUUCGGAACCGCCAAACUGCGGAAAACAUGAAGAGUUGGCCCCAUUCGACCACAAACUUGCCAAAAACAUAACAUUGGAGUUUUAUGGAGACCAGAGUUCUCCAAAACUGCCCACAAACUUUUUUAAGAUUUUGCCCCACAUUGACAACAAGUUGGAGAGUCUCGAAUUCCACGGUAUCAAGGCGUUUAAACCCCUACAAGAAAUUUGGAGCAAUUAUGCCUUCCCACGCCUUACAAACAUAUCGAUCGUCGCCAACGGACCCCAACUCGAUAAGGAACCACCACCGCUCGAGAUUGCACGAUUUGGACGCCUUCCAACUCUGAAGAUGUGCUCCGUGAAAAUCUCGCCCUACUGUAGAAAUCCUUUGGCGAAAGGCUUGAUGACAACCAUCUGCCAAAAUCUGGCCAACUCGGCCCCCGAUCUGGAAGAAGUCUAUCUCGACGAAAAUAUCUACUUGAGCUUGACGGCAUGCGAAAAACUGAAAAUUUUGAGCGCUUCCAGUAGUCGUGAUUUGCAAUAUGAAGUCUCUGAGAUGGAAGAUAUGUUGGAAAGUUGCCAAAAUUCUUUGCAAAGUUUUACCUUGGGAAAGUUCACUUGGAAUGAAGACCCCAGACAGUUGAACUUGCCCUUGCCGAGUCUCACGCACCUCAAACUGCAUGCGACCCACAUUGAGAUCAUUAAAGACUUGCUGAACGUGACUAAUCUCCCAGAAUUGACGCAUUUCUCCAUCUCGUUCAUUAAUCUGACCUCCGUAUACAAGAUUUCCGAACUUUUACAAAACCACAACGUGCGUCAUGCUGGGAUAACGUCGCUGGAUUUUAUUGGCUCCCCACUUCCCCAAGAUUACGACGAACACUAAGCUGGGCAAAUCCUGGUCACUCAUUUCUCUGGCGUGAAGGAAUUGAAAUUAAAAUUUAAGACUGAAUUUGUCCUCAAUCUUCCUCAAAAAUGUGAGGCCUUGACCUCAAUGAUGCAAUCUUUUGGCGACUGGGAUUUGACAUCCGCGCAGAUCGACUUUGAGAUUGAAUCACAUAGUUUUGCUGCCAAUGAACUUCUCUGUGACGAGUUUGGUUCGCAACUGAUCAUUGCUGUAUUGGAAGGAAUGGGGAGAUGGACAGAUUUGACGAUAGCGUCACUUCAGUUUACGGGUCAUCUAUGUCGUCACACAGAAUUUAAAAUGUUGGAGGAGAUGCGAGCCGCCCUCCUGUCGUGCAGGACGAUUAAAAGCGUGGCAAUAACUGGAUUUUUGAUGGACGAAGAGACGAAGGACAAUUUAAAAGCGUUUAUUCGAGAGCAUAAAUUUCCUAUCAAUGAGCCAAAGUAAAUAAUCAUUGCAUUUACAUAUGUAUGUAUUAAAGAUUUAAUUUGAAACUAAUGUGGCUGUUGUG